UAAUUUGAUACUAGUAUGGGAUGUUCUCUGUGGCAACGCAAGAUGAUAAGGAUUUCGAGUGUGAACCGGUAUCUUACGCUAUGAUACUAUCGGAAAAACAUGCGGCAAUGUUGUGGUGGGCUUCCAACUGGUUGAUGUUUCGCAGCUGAUUACUGACAGUAAUCUCGGCGUUUGGAAGCUUGUUUUAUAUUUCAAGGAACCAAAAUAAUUCAGGUGAACAGUCUAAAUAUUUACAAGGAGAAACCAAUAGAAAAGCAGCAAACAUUUUAGUCAAGAAGACCCUGACUGAAACUAGUGGAAGCUUUAAAAACAUAAGGAUAUCAUUUCUGCAACAGAUCAGAAAAGACAGGAAAUGCCAAAGACUCCUGCGUGACUGUGCGUGUAUACUAUGGCUCACAAUCAAAGGUCAGAACUGACAUCUGAGAAAUUAAGACAUCAGUAUGAGGGUCAGUUGAAUAAGUAUACAAAUGUUGUUAAAGGAUGGCAGUAUCGAUGGUUUGUUUUGAAUCCAGAAAGUGGCACACUGAAUUAUUAUUUGAAUGAAAUUGAAAAAAGACAGAGACCAAGGGGCUCAGUUCACCUCGCUGCAGCUGUUAUAUCACCAAGUGAUGAAGACAGUAACACUUUCACUGUCAAUUCAGCUAGUGGUGAAAUGUUCAAGCUGAGGGCAGCAGAUGCAAGAUCACGGCAAGAAUGGGUUAAUAGGAUACGUGCUGUAGCUGAAAUGCAUACAAUGGCUAUAGCUCAGAGUAAUCCACCAUUACCACCACGGGAGCACAUUUCCCUUGUACAUGCUCCAGCACCUGUUUCACAAGUGCAGUACUCUCUAGAGCUGCUUGAUGCAUUUGCUACGGUGCGUGAUCACAUACAUCGUGCAGAACAGUCUUGUCAGCUUAUGAGCCAGGAAAUUGAGGAGCUACCAGCUUCAGGGGCCCUGAGACACAAUGAUGAAAUGUUAUUACUCCUGAAAGCAACAAGUGUAGCAACAGUGAACUGCUUACGUCAGUGCCUUUCAAUUCUGGAGCAGCAGCAGGCUGCUGCUUCCAUUGCAGCCAAUAACUCGAAGAGGCAUCCACCUCCAAAUCGACCAAACAAUUCUCAUUUUGUGUCGUAUGCAGAAAUCAGCACAAACAAAAUAACAGUGCCAGCUGCAAAUAGUGGUGCCUUAACAUCAGUCUCUACAACUUCAUUGGAAAGCAAUACCAGCAGGUCUGGUACAAGUGCUUCAUCUCUGCCAGACUGUGUACCAUAUAGACAGACGGGCUUCAUAUCAUACCUGGAAGCACCAGAUGAGAAGGAAGGUGUACCUGAAACACAACCAUGGCCCACAAAUUUAUCAUCACCACCACCAUCACCACCACCAUCACCAACAUCUGUCGAUGCUUCAUUAGAUGAUUAUAAUCCAGAUGAGGAAGUUACUGAUAAUGAAGAUCUAAGUGAUGGUGAUCAAGAUGACACUGAAGAACACAAAUCUGUUAUUUUGCAUUUGUUGUCGCAGCUGAAACUCGGAAUGGACCUAACACGAGUAGUUCUCCCCACUUUCAUCCUAGAACGGCGUUCCCUUCUUGAAAUGUUUGCUGACUGCAUGGGGCACACAGCUGAAUUUGUAAGGAUUCCUGAUGCAGAUACUCCAGAAGCAAGAAUGCUUGCGGUUUUGGAGUGGUACUUAACUUCAUUUCAUAUGGGCCGUAGAAGCCCUGUCGCAAAGAAGCCGUAUAAUCCAAUUAUUGGUGAAAUAUUCAGAUGCUCAUGGCGGCUUGUGCUCCCAGUAGAUGAAAAACAAACAACAGACAACUCAUGCAAUGAAAUAACAGUUACAUAUAUAGCAGAGCAAGUGUCACAUCAUCCUCCUGUCACUGCAUUCUAUGUUGAAUGCCCAUCUAAAAACAUAUGCCUAAAUGCAUCUAUAUGGACCAAAUCCAACUUCUCAGGCAUGUCAAUAGGAGCAAAUAUGAUUGGAGAGAUAAAUCUUUACCUAGGCGUGCAUAAGGAAAAAUAUACAUUUUCACUGCCAGCUGUAUAUGCACGGUCUAUACUCUCUGUACCUUGGGUUGAACUGGGUGGCAAAGUAACUCUAACUUCCAGCUCUGGCUUCUCAGCCAACAUCAUUUUCCAUACAAAGCCUUUUUAUGGUGGAAAAGUAAAUGCUGUAACAUCAGAUGUAAAGAAUGAAACUGGAACUAUCAUAUGCAAGAUACAGGGAGAAUGGAACAGCCAUUUUGAAUUUACUUAUCCUAAUGCAGCAACCAAAAUAAUUGAAGUGAACAGCUUAGACAUAUAUAAGAAGAGGGUACGACCAAUAGAAAAGCAGGCAACAUUUGAGUCAAGAAGAAUGUGGCUGAAAGUAACAGAAGCUUUAAAAAAUAAGGAUAUCAUUGCUGCAACGGCUCACAAGAGACAGUUGGAGGAACGGCAGCGAGAAGGAGAACGGAGGCGGAGUGAACAGGGAGAGUCUUUUCCUACUUCUUUCUUCCACCAGAUCAACCAGUCUUGGGUGUAUAACAAUACCCUGUGUAAACUGUGAAAGUACUGCCAAAAAUUCCAUGGUGCAAACAGCUGUGUGUGGAACUUAAGACUGAAUGCUAUAACUACACAACUUGAAACAACGAACCUAAUGUAACAUAUCACUUGGAACAUAUGUCAUUGUUGGUUUCAAGCGAAAUCAAUGGAGAAGAACUGCAGUAUAACUAUAAGAAAGAGUUUUCCCUGUGUUGGCUAUAAAAUUUAUAACAUCUUAAUUCUGUUAAUAGUUUUGGAAUUGCUAACAAAUCAAUAAUUUAAUUAUUCAUUACUACAGUGACAUAAGUAUUGCAUUCUACACUGUACUUAUUUUAACUGGUACUAAUACAGAUGCUGUGUGUGUGUUUGUGUGUGUGUGUGUGUGUGUGUGUGUGUGUGUGUGUGUGU